CUCACUUUGUCUCAAACUGAAGAGUCUGAGGAGUGCGAGACAUUCGCGCGUCUCCGUCUCCAUUGCGCACAGAGAAUCGCUCGUGUAUCUUUCGUUUCUAUGUUUCUUUUAUUUGUUCGUAAAUAUUCUUCCUCUCCAGCCGAACCGGAUCGAUCGACCCCAGUGACGGGAGGUCGUGGAUGAAGGAUACGCAUGUGGACAGCCACUUUCCCUGGAUAUAACCAUGCGACGGGAUGUUGAUUAGACGGGCGCGGGUCCAAAGCAUGGAAACCUGUUGGAAAGGAUUGAUUCUGUGUGUACGAGGAUACUGACACUCGUCUUGCACUGCUAUUGACCUUCACUGCGCGUUGAUUUAGAGACAUUUGGAUCCGUCGGCGUGAUUGGAGAGGUCCUCUCUCUCCGCUAGCGCAUGAAUCUAUGGAAAAGCACACAGUGGGACAUGGUUAAACUGAUUGAGUCACCUGUGGAUGUAGUGCUGAUGCCCAGAGCUCUUGUCUGAGGUGAGCUGGAGGUCUGGUGGUCUUGGGGAGUUCGUGGAAUGCGAACGCAACGACGCGCCGCGUCCUCCUCGUCCUGCUGUCCGCGGCGCACAGACGUCUAGAUUCAUCAUGCUGAGGCAGAUGCUGCUGAACUCCACGGCGGCAGCGCGAGACUUCGACCUGAUGAGCAACACACACACGCAGGCGCCGCUGUCUCACGGGCCCGUGAGCGUGCUGGCCCUCCUGAAGCCUACGGGUCGCGGGAGCGCCUUACGGGAGGGCGAGCCUGACAAACCAGACCUGGCCACGUAUGUGGUGAUGUGCCUGGUGCUCUUCCUGCUGGUCCUCCUCAUCGUGUUCUUCAUCAACUGUCAGCUGAGGAACUCUUUCUUCGCCUCCAUGCCUUACGACCGCUCACUGCGAGAGGCCCGCAGCUCCUACAAAUGACCCGUUCGAGCCCCUCAAUGGAUGCAAAGUGGUUUGGAUAACAGAAUCAGUGCCGGAUUGAAGCUGAACUCACCCGUGUGAUCGAUCUGUCUGUAUAACAUGACUGUUUUAUACUUCUGCAUGGCCUUUUUAUGUCCAUAUACGGUUUAUCACAAGUUGUGUGCGUUAUGUUAGAGAUUAUUUUCUUGUACGAUGUUAAACCAUGAUUAAAUCUCAC